UGGUGCCAUGUCCGAACCCUGGAUCCAAAGCUGCGAACCCAGGGCCUCGGAAGGAGAACGGAAGGGGAACGUGCGAACUUAACCGCGGCGCCACUGGGCAGGCCCCAACAUAGAUAAUUCUUCAACUGCCGUCUUAAGGCGGAAUAUGCAGGAUUCCAUUUCACUUUCACUUUUAAAAGGGUGAAAUUAAGGAAGGUAUAUCCGGUUUUGCUACCUGAAGUGUUUUCCGAGGGAAUUCCUUUACCUGUCCCACAGAGGAUUACCUAAUCUCAUGUGCUCCCCAAGAGAAACCCUACUCCUCUUCCUGGUUGUGGGUGAAAGGUCGCGCUGAGUACUGACCAACCAGCUCUUUCCUUCUCCGCUGCGGGGCGGGGCCUCGAGCCCGGCUUCGGAGACCCGCCCCCGUACGUGGCAUGCGUGCGUGGUGCCUUGGGGCGCGCACCGGUUUCUCCAGCGUGUGGCGCCCCCCGGCGGCAGCGGGGCCUCCAUGGGAUAAGCGGACCUGAGCGCCUGCCAUGGAGCCGCAGAAAGAGGCGCAAACACCCGGGGACCCCGUGGAGCAGCCGCGUGGGGCCUCGAGGUCUCAGACGCCUAAGGAGGAGGAGCGGCGGGAGGGCGGCGCAGCGCCGGCGGCGGCUGCCCCGGGAGCGGAGACGGAAGGCGCCAGUGCGGACGGGCUGUGGGAGCUGCCGGUGGAGCCGGCCGAGCGGAGGCCCGAGUGCAGUCGCUGCAGCCGGCCUCAGAAAGUAUGUUUGUGUCCAUUUCUACCAGUGCAUCCUCUGCACAUCUCUACCCACUUGUACAUAAUUCAGCAUCCAGCAGAGGAAAACAAAGUGUUGCGGACAGUUCCUCUGCUAGCAGCAUGCCUCCCUCAGGACAAGUGUAAAGUCAAGAUUGGUCGUCGCUUCAGUGAAGAAAGAGAUCCUGAACUUUCAACUGUUUGUCGGAAGUCUGGUACAUUAAUAUUGUAUCCAGGGGCUGAAGCUGCUAAUUUGGAAGAAUUUAUAUUAGAUUCUCCUAUUUAUCCUACCACAAUCAUCAUCAUCGACGGUACAUGGAGCCAGGCUAAGGACAUUUUUUAUAAGAACUCCUUGUUCCGAUUGCCCACUCAGGUGCAGUUAAAAACUAGCAUUUCUAGUCAGUAUGUAAUUCGGACACAGCCAACUAAUAGGUGCCUUUCUACACUGGAGUGUGCAGCUGUUGCUCUUUCCAUCUUGGAGAAAAAUAUUUACAUACAAGAGACAUUGCUUCGCCCUCUUCAAGCUUUAUGCUCUUUCCAGCUUCAGCAUGGUGCUCAAAUUCGUCUCAGCAAGGAACAUCUUCUGAAAAACGGAUUGUAUCCUAAGCCAAUGCCAAAGAACAAACGCAAACUCAGGAAAAUGGAACUGUUAAUGAACAGUAUUAAAAUUUAGUACAAUUGUUCUUACGGUGCUAGUUAUGGUGUCUUCAGCUGACAAUACUAAGUUAAGUUUUCAUUUAGUUUAAGUCUGGGUUUUUGGCUGUCUAAAGAAUGAGAGUUGCGUACUAAACUUGCCCAGAAGAAGGAAGUAAACCAAAUAGCCAUAAGAGGAAGCAAAACAAAACAAAAAUCGCUGACUCAGUAAAAAGCAA